AUGUCAGAAUUGAUGGUAGAGAAAUAUCAUAAUUGUAGUGGAGAAAUGUCAGAAUUGAUGAUAAAGGAAUUUCAGAAUUGUAUUGGAGAAAUAUCAGAAUUGAUGGUAGAGGAAUGUCAGAAUUGUAGUGGAGAAAUGUCAGAAUUAAUGGUAAAGGAAUGUCAGAAUUGUAAUGAAGAAAUGUCAGAAUUGAUG